ACUACCCUUAUCCAACCGUAAUUUAAAACACAAGAACCAGAGCCCAAAAGGCGAUGGCCUUUCACCUGCAUCUUGAGAAACUGAAAACAACUUCGAAACCUAUUUAUGGCUUCUCUUCAUCAAAUUCAGCAUUCGUGGCUUUCUUCUGUCACUCAAAAACCUGCUCUCUUCCCCUCCAAAACAUCUCCAUUCAAAAUCUCAUUCUCUCUUAAUCCAUCCAAUACUGAACCCACUCCACAAAAUCCACCAGAAUUCGAACCCGAACCAGGUCCGGCUCACCCUGUAAAGCUCGCUUUUGAGAAAGCUAAAGCAUAUAAGAAAUCGACUGGAGACAGCAAGAAAACGAAACUUGGGCAAAAUCUAGUUAAGGGUUCUGGUGGUUCUUCAGUUGGGAAUAAUGGGAAAGAUGAGGAAGUGCCAGCCUCAGUUAAGGUUGCGAUGGAGAACGCAAAGGAGUACAAGAAGAAUAAAGGGGUUGCCGGGGGCGGAGACGUUAAGGGUUCGGCACGAAGUGAAACAAAUUCAGGAUUAAAGGGAGGGAAUAGGGAGAAUUUAGUAAGUGGUUUGGUGGAGAGCAGUGCCAGUAAUAAAGAAAAACUGUCAAUUUCAAGCAUGGAUUUCAUGGGACUUAACUUUGCGGAUAAGAAACGGGGCAAGGGACUGCCUCCUGGAUUGACCCCAGUCACAGACUCUUUUCCAGGAGGGGACUUACCUGAAGUUGAGAUAAUUGUUGGAGACACAAGCAAGUUUGGGGACCCGACAACAUCAAUGCCUAAGCCUAGCCAAGAAAAUGAUUCAGAAUUUUACAAGCCAAAGGUUUCAACAUGGGGUGUCUUUCCAAGACCUGGAAAUAUUUCCAAGACGUUUGGUGGUGGUAGAACUAUUCGCCCUGGAGAUGUGCUUGAAACAGCAGAAGAACGAACGGCUAAAGAUGAGCGCACAAAGCAAUUACUUGCAGCUUACAGGAAAAAAGUUGGCUUAAAUGUUGAUCCAAAGCUGAAACUUGAGUGUGAGAAGGCCUUGAAGGAUGGUGACACCUUGAUGGAUUCUGGAAUGCUCAAUGAAGCAGUGCCCUAUUACCAGAAGGUUAUUGAUAAGUUGCCGUUUCAGAGUGAACUUCAUGGAUUAGCAGCUUUGCAAUGGUCUAUCUGUCGAGAUUCACUUGGAAGGCCAAAUGAGGCUCGGGCUAUGUACGAAAAACUUCAGUCUCAUUCAAGUCCUAAAGUGAGCAAGAAAGCAAGGCAAUUCAUGUUCAGUUUCCAGGCCAUGGAGAUGAUGAAGGUUACAGGCUCAAAUUUCUCACCUAAAAGCACUGGCUACCGGAAAUAUUUUGAGAAGUUUAUUGAUGAUAAUGUGACUAACUACCUUGUGGAAGAGGCUGAAAGCAGAGGAGCACUGAGUGAAGCUCUCCCCUAUAUGGUUUUCCUUGUUUCUCCCAUUUUCAUUGUUCUAUUUAUCGCUGUACAGCGUGGGAAUAUCAAUUAGAAGGAAUAACAACUACAUAUAUUCAGUUUCAAAUCCGUAAAAAGAAAUAAAGCAAGAACAAUAUUUCUUUUUCACAAAGAACUAUGUUCCUGCUUCUCACCUAACUUAAUCAGGAACUGCGAAUUAGGCUGUUUUUGUGUUUUAUUAGCUCUAAUUAGUUUAUUUUGUAGGUACAUCCAACAUAUCAUUCUGACCUUGUUUAUAAUGUCUAUCUAAUCGUUUGCAGAACAGUUCAUCAAUAA